AAAAGUGAGCAGAGUGAAUAGCCAAACUGCGCACCAAAAUUCCAUGUAUUCCUCUCUCUCGCUUAUCCUUGCCUCCCUUGCCUCCCUGGCAGCGGGUGUCCAGCUAGUCAUCGAACCUUCUUGCGGGGCCCUCUUCGGUACUGUCGCUGACAUCAACGCCGGCCUUGGAUCAUUGAGUUCAUACAGCACUAUCGUCGCGUUUGGGGAUGGAUACACCGAUGGUGGAAAGGAGGAUGGUUCGCCCCUCGACCCGGCCGUCCAAGAUCUCCCAGACCCUAAGGCUGGAGGUCGGUUAUCCAAUGGUCCACUUUGGGUGGAGAACUUGGCAUCUGAUGUUAACGCGACGCUCAAGGAUUACGCCGUUACCGCAACCGUUGUUGAUCAUACACAAUACCCCUCGUUCAAGUUCUCAGAUACGAGAGACUUUGUAUAUCAAAACAACUACGUCAUCUCCUCGCGCAAUAAGCCCACUUCCGACGAUACCUUGUAUAUUGUCUUCGUUGGGAUGGAGGACUUUAUCCGUGCUGAUCAUCGUAUAGCUUCAACUUUCCCCGGCAUAGCCAGCGACGUCAUAUAUGAAUUGCUUUUGACGACAGACUCGCCCUUAUUUGCCAAGAACAUUCUCGUCGUAGACAACUACGGCCGAGGAAACGUGACUUCGUAUGGCAACGAAUACAAGCAGAGCGUCUUUGACGGUCUAGGGACGUUGUACUCCAAGCGAGGAGCGAACGUUGGCUUCGUCGACCUUGGGAAUCUCUGGGCUGCAGUACUCGGCACAAACCCCGGUUAUGAAGCAUUUGGGUAUGUGAGUGCCGGAGCGUGUACUGUCAAUGACACGACUACGGUGGGUCAAUGCGACAACCCCGAUGAGACGUUUUACUAUAUUC